UUACGGCAUUAAAUAAAAAGUGUACCAUCGUGUGAAUUUUCUGUCGAUAUAAAAUAAUUUUUUUGCGCAUAAAAUAAUAUUUAAAAUAUCCGAAAAUGUCAUUUGGUGGGCAACAAAACCAGCCUUGGCAAAGGAAAGGCGGAUUUUAUCAAGGUACUGGCCAGAAUAGCAUGUUUAUGCAGCAACAGCAACAGCAUGCAGCAUCGCAGUCUGCAUUUGGUCAUUCGGCCAUUUUUUCGCAAGGUGGUGCGGCACCCUCUGUGGCUUAUCCCCAACAGCGAUCCAAUACUUUGAAUCCCGUUGCUUUCCAGCAACCAAAUAAUGGUGGUCAAUCCGUGACAAAUUCUAUUGGCACCGUUACCAAAAUCAAUAAUGAUUGUGGUCUUAUUAACGAUGAAGUUUUCUUCUACCGCAAUGCUUGUAAGGGCGUUAUCCCGAAAUUGGGUGAUCGUGUCAUGUUUGAAGCUACGUAUUCUACCACCGGACAAUUUAAAUGGAAUGCUACCAUGCUUCAACUAAUGGGAAAUAACAUGGGUCAUCAAACUCAACAAUUACCAUCGCUAAUGGGUAAUAGUGCUGGUGGCAGGAGUGGAAGUGGUUAUAAUGCCGUACCACCGCCGAAUGAGUAUCAACUUGCACAAAUGCAAAUGCAACAACAACGCCACGGCUCACCACGGCAUUCCUCGCCCAUGCGUGGAGAUCGAUCGAUUGGACGAAAUGAUCGUGAUCGUGACCGCCGCGAACGUGAUCGUAAUAUUAGAUCUCGAGACAGAGAUGAUGACCUUGAGAGAGAGCGUAAACGUCGUCGAGGAGAUCCGGAAAGAAGUCGUGAACGCACAAUGUCUGGCAUGGGAAGAGGGCAUGAUAGAGAUCGUGAGCGUGAUCGUCCGCGCCCGGAAAGUAAGCCGGAUCUUGCUUUGGAGCGUAGAGAACGUGAGCGAGAUCGCGAACGUGAAAGAGAGCGUGAGAAGGAACGUGAACGUGAACGAGAAAGAGAGCGCGGCGAACGUGCUGAACGCAGUCCACAUCGUCCAGCAGCGAAGGGUCGACGAACUCGUGCUAUACGCCGAUAUGUGGUGCAAAUUCCAAAAAAUAUUUUGGCUUAUAAAUCGGCCGAUAUACAAGAAUUACGUCAACGUUAUGCAACACUCUACAUUCCAUCGGAUUUCUUUAAUGCCAACAUUUUAUGGCCGAAAGUUUUCACACCCGAAAAUGCUUUCUCAUUACGUCGUCCAUGCCAGUUUCAUAUUAUGCAUCGUAUAGUAGACUCACCAUUCAACGAUCAAAAUAAUGAUAUACUUGAACCAUCAGAUGCAAAUUAUUUAUAUUCUGCUAAAGUAAUGCUCAUGGCUUGCCCACCAAUCGCUGAUCUAUAUCAGAAAUGUUUUGAAGAUGAGGAGAACGAAAACGAACAACAUACCGUACAUCCAUCGCGUUUAAUUAGUUUCCUCGUUGGUACCAGAGGACGUAAUGAACCCAUGGCUAUUGGUGGCCCAUGGAGCCCUUCGCUUGAUGGCGAAAAUCCCGAUAAGGAUCCAGCCGUUUUAAUACGUACAGCCAUACGUACUUGCAAGGCAUUAACGGGCAUCGAUCUAUCACAAUGUACACAAUGGUAUCGCUUUGUGGAGCUUCAAUAUCAUCGUCAAGAUCACAAGAAGAAGGAUGCCGCCGCGCGUAUUGAAACUGUAGUUAUUUAUUUGCCAGACGUGCAUUCCUGCAUGCCGAAUGCAACCCAGUGGCAAGAGCUGAAUCAAGUCUACAAGAAUGCUGUUGAAAAUUUAAUCGCACGCAAAAGUGCCGCUGCAAAGGCGGCAGCUGCUACUAGUAACACCACUGGUGGUGGCACUGAGGAAGAAGGCACUUCCUCGCCAAAAGCUGAGGUCGGCGGUGAAGGUGACGAUGCAACAGCAGCUGACACUUCGAAUGCUGAUGUUACCAAGGAUGACGCAAACAAGUCUGUGGUUGAUGAAGGCGCAACAGCUGAAAGCGGGGAUAUAUCAACAACUAAUGGUGAAGCUGAUGCUGAUGCUGAUUCUGCUGCGGAUACUUCAGCGGAAGUGAUUGCUAUUGAGGAGGUAGAAAUAAGCGCUGAUGGUGACGACAGUGACGAUCUAAAGAACGACCAAAAGGAGCCUACACACUAUUCCAAACUGGACUUGAAAUCAAUGAAGGUGCGGGAAAUGCGCGAUGAAUUAGAAGCACGUAAUCUUCCAUCAAAAGGUGCACGCCAUAUAAUUAUGGCACGGUUAGCAAAGGCAUUGAACACGGAGAAGGCAGAAGAUAAGAGUUCUAAAAAAGCAACGCCGAAGAGUGAACCGGCUAAAAGCGAGGCUGCAAAAGGUAAACCUGCUAAUGCUAAGCCAGCAAAAGUAGCCGAAGCUAACGAUAAGAAGGUAGAACAGCAAAAAGAAACGAAAAAGGAAACAGUUGAAAUAAAAGAAGAAGAUAUUGAUAAAAGCAACGACGAAGAGCAGGAAGAUCAAGAAGAAUGGAAUGAUGUCGAUGUUGAUAUGAGUGAUAUUGUCAUCCUUGAUGAGUAUGAUUCAAGCAAAAAUCCAGAGGAAACCCCUAAAGAAUUAAAUGAGAAGGAGAAAAAUCAAUUGAUUCGCCGUUACAAACUACCAACUAAAGAACAUAUUAUCGUACAUCCGAACAAAACCGCUAAAGGUGGUAAAUUUGAUUGUUCAAUAAUGUCCUUAUCGGUGUUAUUGGACUAUGGUCCUGCGGAUACAAAGGAACGUUUCUUUGAGGUAUCCAUUUUCGCGGAAUUAUUUAACGAGAUGUUAAUGCGUGACUUCGGUUUCAAUAUCUACAAAGAGAUGUAUCUCUUCAAAGAAGAAAAUAAUGAGUCAACAGAUGCCGAUAAAAAAGAUAAAAGUGAAGAAGGCGGCAGUAAUGGUGGCGCUAAAACAGAGGAUGAUCAAGUUAUGGAAGUCGAUGAAGAGUCAAAAGUUGCUACAACUGACAACAAGACAACAAAUGCUGCCACUGCCGAUAAAUCCAUAUCAGAACGUAGAGCUUCGAAACGUAGUGUUGAUACUGAGGCAGACGCUGAGGCAGGCAAAGCAAGUAGCGAUCGCAAGCCCAAGUCCACCGGUGCAAAUGGCAAGGAAAAAGAACGUGAGCACGUAUCGGACAAAAAAAUGGUUGUCGUAAAGCCACAACUUUUGCUCUCUUUCGUCUACUUUGAUACCACCCACUGUGGUUAUAUAUUUGAGAAAGAUUUGGAAGAUUUAUUCACUAUAUUAGGUUUGAAUUUGUCGCGUGGUCAAAUAAGACGUGUACUCGGCAAACUCUCUAUUCGGCAGGCAUUCUAUUAUCGUAAACUUACUGACAGAGAAGAGUCGGUUGAAGCGCCGCCCAAAAUUGAAGACGCAGACGAUAUACCCAGUGAAGAAUUGAAGAAAAUUGCACAAGGCAACAGCAUCUAUAUACCAGAGGUAAAGGAGUUUGGUGGUGAGGAGAAUGCUAUCAUCUCUAAAAAGGAAUCGUCUGAUAACGACGGUCUAGUCACCUAUAAAGGUAUAGUUAUACACGUUGGCAAAUUGUUAGAGCAAAUUAAGCGCACUGAAAAGAACUAUGGUGAUUUAGAAAAAUUAUAUAACGAUCUGCGAAAACAACAUACAGACCUGCAGCGUGACAAUUCGAGAUCCAGUAAUAAAGUAAAAGAAUUGCAAACCGAAGUAAAGAGUUUGAGUCGUAAACUCUCCGAUACAGAUCAAGAUUUAUUCGCGCUAAAUCGAAAGUAUCGUGAUCAGCAUGCUACGCUUUCGGUUAUCUACAAUCGUGUAGCGCCAUACUUUGCACGUGAAAAGGAGAAGGACCACAAACCGGAGAGCACCCGCGAUAAAGAGUCAGAUAAGGAUAAAGACACGAAAGACAAAGAGAAGGAUACGAAGGACAAAGAUAAAGACAAGGAAAAGGAUGUAAAGGAUAAGGAUGCAAAAGAUAAGGCAAAAGAAAGUUCAAAAUCCAACAAGGAUAAAGAGAAAGAAAAAGAGAAGGAGAAGGAAAAAGAAAAGGAUAAGGGGAAGGAAAAGGAAAAGGAAAAGGAGAAGAACAAAGAAAAAGAAAAGCCCAAAGAGUUAGGCAAAGAUACUAAGAAGAGCACUAAAAGUAACGACUCAAAGGAUAAAAAGGAAGAAAAGGAUGACAACAAAGUUGAUGAAACAGCAGAGGAAACUGCUGCUAAUGACCAAAUGGAGGAGGCUGAUGAAGAAGACCAACAGGAAGUAGUAGAUUUAAUGGAAGACUAAAAAUGCAUUUAAUUUAGAAGUCACAUUGGCAUAUUUAGAUGUAACAUGAAAAAAGCAUAAUAAGAGUAAUUAUCGAUUUAUGUGAAUUGGGAAAUAUUCUUUAAAAAGAAUUAUUAAUCAAUUAAUUAAUUACUUUUCAUAACGACUUGUAUGUGUAGAUACCUUAGGGUAAACUUUGAACGCUCAUUAAAACCUGCGUAACACACACACGCAUAUAUGUAUUGAGUGAAUUUACAAAACUUUGAUUUAAAUAAAAAGCUACAUGGGUUUGCUAACAUAAAUUG